UAUGGCAAGCUUAGGAUAUCUUUAAAAAAGACGAGAAAAAAACAGAAAAACAUCUGUGACAGAGCCGCAUAACUAAUUUAAGGCUCGGUUCGCAUCUUCGCGUUUAUCUUCUUCUCCCGGUCUGCUCGUGAAUGCUGCCGCUACCCACGGCCCGGAUAUUGCGCGCGCGUUCCUUUGCGUAUUGACCUUGCCCCCCAAUGAGAAAUUAAGCCACAAAAUGUCACAAUGCAAAAGUCGAAACAUAAGCAAAAGUCGUCGCGCCCUUGGAGUGAGCACAAGUGGAGUGAACCCAAGUGGCACGACCAGUAUCAACAAUGGUAUUUGGAACGAGAAGACCGGAACGGUACCAUAGAGUAUAAAUGGGUUGAGCCAAACUCCCCCAGCACCCAAGAUCAAAGUAUUCCACGGUCCGAUCAUACCAUUGACGAUCUAGCGGGAGGAGUCCAGAACCUAAGUGUCAACCAAGGCGUCUAUGACUCGGGCCAAUCCUUCGACUACGGAAACCACCACGCCGCUACUGUCGACCAUGCUAGCUAUACCCUCGAUACACGCCAACCUCAAGACUCAAGCUACAUUGACCACGUGCAGACACAACAGCCAAACGACAAAGGAAAGGGGAAACUACCAGAGGUCGAGCAACUUAACCAGUAUGGUAAUACUUCGCUUGGUAGCAACCCAUCCCAAGUUUCCGAUGGGGUGCCGUUAACGACAAACAACUAUAAUCAAGGGACGCAGCCGCAAUACACUAAUCCUGGUUAUAUGGCGGUCGACGGCACUACAGCUCACGCAUCUAUAAAUAGUGUAGAACCACAAGUGAACAAUUAUGAGCCGGAGGAAACACAAUCUCUCGAUGAAGAUGCAUAUAAUGAGGCUAUCCGCCGGAGCCGCAAUGAGUAUUAUGGGACACAAACCGCGGGCGAGCCGUCAUAUUCUGCAUCCAUAGCAGGCACAGCUAGUACCUCAUCAUCUUGGCCGACUGCUGCUGUUGAUCCUAAUGCUUACGAACUAAAUCCGCCGCUAGUUAAUGGAGAGGACGUACAGACACCUCGUGGUGGCUCACCAGUCCCAGUAGCAAUUCCGGCCGCUCCAUCCUACUCUAAUUAUAUCCAAGGGACGCCAGGGGAAGAAGAGGUAUUGGAUAGUAGAUACAGAGUUGAACAUUCUGGGAGAUUCCAGCCGGGCGAGGUGUUCAAGAUCCUUUGGUCAGAGCCCCUCGGUCAAGUCGGCCAAGCUGGCGGUGAUGAUCCCAUAUCCGAUAUAACAAAAAGGAGAACUGCAGGUGGUAAUAAAUUUUACAUUGGUUUCCGCAGGUUCAUCAUUGUAACGACUGAUGAAAGCCAUCAUAGCACAUGCGUACCUAUCUUGACGUAUGAUCGACGAGGGUGCUUGAAGAAAGGAGUAAGACCCAACAAGCAUGGAAUCAUAUACAUGGCGGGAACCAAGCCUAAACUCUUAAAGAAUGAACCCGAACUCGGGUUCCCCCCUGUAGCGCUUCAAGUCUACGCAGAGGGCGAGAUGCUUGCUAGGGAGUCUCGGGUGAACUAUUCUAAAUUGGUUACCAUCGAGCACAACGUCAAAGUCUUUUUCAUCGGAUCAAUUACUGGUGACGAUUUCGACAAUGUUCGCUACGCGGUUAAUGAAUGCUGGAACAAGAAGAUGCAUCGUUCAUCAAGGAAAACCAGGAGAUGAGCGUUCCUGGCCUCGACAAAAUACAGCUCCCACGUCACGUUCUUCUAUGGCCUACAGCCACCCGCGGUGUCGGAAGGCGCCCAUCCUAUAUAUAUAUACGUUUUAAGGAGUUUACUUCAUAGCGCUAUCCCUUCUCGUUGGUGGUUGUCUACUAAGAGACUGGAUAGCGUAGUAACCUCCCCAACAAAUCACGUUUUAUUUCUAACGACACGCCGUUUGCCAUCGCAUCCACAUUCCUAUA